AUGUGUAACUACAUCAAGUGGCUACUUGGAACCGUCAGUGACGCCCUUGCUGAUUCUCUGUCAUCAGUUGGUGGGACAUUACCUCACUUCUUGCAAGAGCCUGAGGAUGCUUACAUAAUCAAAAACAACCCAAUCAAGUUGCGCUGUCGAGCAACUCCUUCCCUGCAGAUCUUCUUCAAAUGUAAUGGGGAAUGGGUCCAUCAGAACCAACAUACCUCACAAGAGUACAUGGACCAAAACACUGGGCUGAAAAUCCGUGAAGUGACGAUCAAUGUAACCAGGCAGCAGGUGGAGGAUUUCCAUGGUCCAGAAGACUACUGGUGCCUGUGUGUGGCCUGGAGUCACCUAGGAACCUCGAAGAGCCGUAAGGCCACAGUGAGGAUAGCCUACCUCCGCAAGAACUUCGAGCAGGAUCCUCAAGGGAACGAAGUGCCAAUUAAAGGCAUGAUUGUGCUGCAUUGCCGUCCCCCGGAGGGAGUGCCCAUGGCAGAGGUGGAGUGGUUAAAAAAUGAAGAAUUGGUUAGCUCGCUUGAAGACGAUAACAUUGACACUCGUGCUGACCACAAUCUGAUCAUCAAUGAAGCCAGACUCUCUGACUCCGGCAACUACACCUGCCUCGCCAGUAACGUAGUCGCAAAAAGACGCAGUGCUACAGCUACUGUAGUUGUGUUUGUGAAUGGUGGAUGGUCUCUGUGGACAGAGUGGUCUCCUUGCAGCGUGAACUGUGGGAGAGGAGUUCAGAAGCGAUCUCGGACCUGCACUAACCCGGCUCCUCUGAACGGGGGAGCGUUCUGUGAGGGCAUGUCUGUGCAGAAGAUCACCUGCAAUGCACUCUGCCCAGUGGAUGGAGUCUGGGAGGAGUGGAGCGAGUGGACGAUGUGUAGCGCGCAGUGUGAGAGGCAGCGAUGGAGGGAGUGCAACGCGCCACCGCCCCGUCACAGAGGCAAGAUGUGUGAGGGAGAAGGUCAAAGCAUGGAGAACUGCACGGGAGGACUGUGCACGCAAAAUGGGAAGCUGAUGCAUGAUGUUAAGCCUCAGAGCAUGGAGAACUCUAUUGAUGUUGCGCUGUACUCUGGUCUGUCUGCGGGGGUGAUCGCUGUGGUCGUCCUCAUAGUGGCCAUCACCCUCUACAGGAAGAGUCAAAGUGAGUAUGGAGUGGACGUCAUUGACUCAUCUGCUCUUGCAGGGGGCUUCCAGUCCUUCAACUUCAAAACCACCAGACAGGGCAAUCCACUUCUGCUGAAUUCCUCCAUGCAGCCCGAUAUAACUGUCGGCCAGACGUACAGCAGCCCGAUCUGCUUUCAGGACUCCAUAGACAAAGAGCUCUUUGACCCCCUGCCAGACAAGGUCAAAGUUCAGAGCUCCUUUAUGGUUUCACUAGGUGUGGCGGACCGGGCCGAGUACCAUGUGAAAGCCCAUCCGGAGACCCUUCCUGCUAACCUUCACCUAAACUACAGCACAGUGGAAGGAAAGAAGACAACUAUGAUUGCUCCUAAUGGCAUUCACACACUCAUGAAGACUCAGUUUAAGACAAGCGCUGUGUUUGGGCACCUGGGUGGCCGUUUAGUCAUUCCAAAUGCAGGCGUAAGCUUGCUGGUACCUCACGGGGCGAUUGCUGAUGACACCUCUUGGGAAAUGUACAUGCUCAUAAAUCAAGAAGAGUCUAGUGCCCAAUCAGAGGAAAGGUGUGAGAUUCUGUUAGGGCCAGAGAUCACGUAUGGACCUCCGGGGCUAAACCUGUCCUAUCCUGUUGCCAUGACGAUAGCUCAUUGUGCUGAAGUCAGCACUGAAAACUGGAACAUUAAACUCAAGAGACAAACCAAGGACAACAAGUGGGAGGAAAUUAUGUCAGUUGACGAUGAAUCAACCUCCUGCUAUUGCCUGAUGAACUCGCAUAGCUGUCACUUGUUGCUGGAUCAGCCGGGCUGUUAUGUACUAGUGGGGGAACCCAUCACCGAUGCUGCCAUAAAGAGACUAAGGAUUGCUGUGUUCGGCAGUAUGGAGGCUUCCUCCAUGGACUACAGCUUGCGAGUGCACUGUGUAGACGACACACCGCAUGCCUUUCAGAGAGUGGUUACUGCUGAAACCAGUAGAGGAGGUCAGCUUCUUGAGGAGCCCAAGAUGCUGUUCUUCAAAGGAAACUGCCUCAGUCUGCAGGUGUCCAUCCAGGAUAUCCCUCAGUUUCUGUGGAGCAUCAAACCAUUCACAACCUGUCAGGAAUUCUCCUUCACCCAAGUGUGGUAUAGUAACCAGCAGCCUGUGCACUGUGCCUUCUCACUGCAGAGACAUAGCGCCUCAACCACCCAGCUCUCCUGCAAGAUCAGUGUGCGGCAGGUCAAAGGUCACGAGCAGAUCCUGCAGGUCUACACCUCAGUGGGAGAGAGUGAGAAAGAGACAGUUCCAUUUUUUAUGCAGGCAGAUUGCACAGUGACUUCACAGACGGGGGCCAAAGCCUUCAAAAUCCCCCUGUCCAUACGUCAGCGGAUAUGCACCACCUUCGAUACUGCCAACGCCAAGGGCAAGGACUGGCAGCUCUUAGCUCAGAAACUCCACGUUCAAAGGAACCUGUCCUACUUUACCAAGCAGAAGAGUCCCUCUGCUGUCAUUCUCAGUCUCUGGGAGGCCAGGCAUCAGGACAGUGGAGAUCUUGACUCCCUUGCAAGUGCUUUGGAGGAGAUCGGAAAGAUCCACUGUAAAAGUCUGCCUCAGAGUCCAGAUGACAAAGAAACAGACUUUACGUUUUGAGGGACUACUGAAGACAACAUGUACUCCACCAGGUGCAAUUCCCCAGCAUCUUUAAUUUAAAGUCCAAGCGCAGCC